AUGAAGAGAAACACCAGAACAACUCUCCUUCAAAUCCAUACUUUUAUGCUCCGAAACGCCCUUGAAGGCAACGUCAACCUCCUCACCAAAUUCAUCACGACCUGCUCUUCUAUUGCUUCCAUCUCUGCGAACUCUGACCCACUUUCCGGAAUCCACCACUCCCGUCGCAUGUUCGAUCAUAGACUUCAGAGAGAUGACACCUUUCUUUGUAACACCAUGAUGAAAGCCCACCUGGGUGUGCACCAAUUUAUGGAAUCCAUAACUCUAUACAGAGAUCUCAGGACAAACACGGGUUUUGCCCCCGAUAAUUACACGUUUUCGACUUUAGCAAAGUGUUGUGGUUCAAGUUUGGCCUUUUGGGAAGGCCAAGAAAUGCAUAAUCAUGUGCUGAAAUUUGGGUUUGGUAGUAACGUGUUUGUGUCAACUGCAUUGGUUGAUAUGUAUGCGAAAUUUAGAAAGAUGGAUUGUUCAAGAAAGUUGUUUGACGAAAUGACUGAGAGAAACCAAGUGUCUUGGACAGCUCUCAUUGGUGGUUAUGUAAAAUAUGGAGAAAUGGGUAAUGCGAAAGAGCUUUUUAGUCAGAUGCCGGAGAAAGACUCAGCAUCCUUUAAUGUAAUGAUUGACGGUUAUGUGAAGUCGGGAGACAUGGGGUCGGCUCAGAGUUUGUUUGACUCGGUACCGGAGAGGAAUGUGGUGUCUUGGACUAGUAUGAUUGAUGGAUAUUGCAAUAAUGGAGAUGUUGAUUCAGCUAGGUUGUUAUUUGAUGUUAUGCCUGAAAGGAAUUUGUUUACAUGGAAUGCGAUGAUUGGUGGGUGUUGCCAAAAUAAUCAACCCCAUGAGGCAUUGAAAUUGUUUCACGAGUUGCAAAUGGGAACGUCGUUUGAACCUGAUAAUGUGAGUAUUGUUUCUGUUCUUCCGGCUAUUGCUGAUCUGGGUGCUUUGGAUUUGGGUGAUUGGAUUCACCAAUUUGUCAGGAGGAAAAAGCUGAAUAGAUUGACUAAAGUUUGCACAGCUCUGGUUGAUAUGUAUGCUAAAUGCGGCGAAAUUACAAAAGCAAGAAGAAUUUUUGAUGAAAUGUCUGAAAAAGAAACAGCUACUUGGAAUGCGUUGAUAAAUGGGUUGGCAGUCAAUGGGCGUGCCAAGGAAGGAUUGGAAGUAUUUUUGGAGAUGAAAGAUAAAGGAUUUAAGCCAGAUGAGAUAACUAUGCUCGGCAUUUUGUCUGCUUGUAACCAUGGUGGUUUAGUGGAGGAAGGGAAGAGAUGGUUUCGGUCAAUGGUAGAAUAUGGACUCACCCCAAGAAUUGAGCACUAUGGUUGUAUGGUAGAUCUUUUGGGUAGAGCAGGGCGUUUGGAAGAAGCUGAAAAGUUGAUUGAGAGCAUGCCUUUUGAGGCUAAUGGGAUAAUAUUGAGUUCUUUUUUAUUUGCAUGUGGCUAUGCUAAGGAUGUUACAAGGGCCGAGAGAGUCACAAACAAGGCAAUUAAAAUGGAGCCGUGGAAUGAUGGCAACUAUAUCAUGUUGAGGAAUUUGUAUGCCACCGAGAGAAGAUGGAGAGAUGUCGAGGAAAUUAAAGGAUUAAUGAGGAGGAAGGGGGCAAAGAAAGAGGCUGGUUGUAGUGUUAUUGAGGUAGAUAGUAGGAUCUGGGAGUUUGUAGCUGGGGAUAAGGUGCACCCACAGUGGGAGGUGAUACACUCAAUUUUAGGGCAGUUGUGGAUGCACAUGAAGGGACAGGACAAUUAA